CCAACACGCCAGGAACACAAAGUGUAAACUGUAAAAGUGAAGUGAAAUAAAAUGCCGCCCAAGACUAGUGGAAAGGCAGCCAAAAAGGCUGGAAAGGCUCAGAAGAACAUCACCAAGAACGACAAGAAGAAGAAGCGCAAGAGGAAGGAGAGCUAUGCCAUCUACAUUUACAAGGUUCUGAAGCAAGUCCACCCUGACACUGGUAUUUCGUCGAAAGCGAUGAGCAUCAUGAACAGCUUUGUGAAUGACAUCUUCGAGCGUAUUGCUGCCGAAGCAUCUCGUUUGGCUCAUUACAACAAGCGCUCAACCAUCACCAGUCGGGAAAUCCAAACGGCUGUGCGCCUACUGCUGCCGGGAGAG